UCCAAACUUCCCCAGCCUCCAAAUGUUAACCCCUAUAUAUAAACCAAAACCCUAACUCUCUCUCUCCCUCUUUCCUCCCCGCUCCAAUUUUUUCGCAGGUGAGGCUCCGCCGUUAAAAAACACCCUAACCCCAACCUCAGCUAUUUCGAAAACCGUAACCCUAACUCCAAAUGCCUUCACUCGCCGUCUCCGAUCCUCUCUCAGCCUCCCCCGAUCUCACCGACUCCAAAAAGAUCAAGAAGAAGUCGAAGAAGAUCGAGUCCAUGGAUCUCGACACCGAGAACGGGCACGCGAUCGAGGAGCUGAAGUCCGAGAAGAAGAAGAAGAAGGAGAAGAAGAAACUGGAUUCGUCGGAGGACGAGACGGAGAAGAGCGAGAAGAAGAGUAAGAAGAAGAAGAGGAAGGCUGAUGAUGAUGACGAAGACGAGGAGACCAAGGAGCUGAGCGAUGGGUCGAAUUUGAAGAAGGCUAAGGUUGUUGAGGACGAGAACCCUAAUUCUUUGUCCAAGUUUAGGAUAUCGGAGGCGGUGAAGGCGAAAUUGAAGUCGAAGGGGAUUGAGGCUUUGUUUCCGAUCCAGGCGAUGACGUUUAAUUUGGUCCAUGAUGGGUCUGAUUUGGUUGGCCGGGCUCGGACUGGUCAGGGAAAAACAUUAGCGUUUGUGUUGCCCUUAUUGGAGUCUUUAACAAACGGGCCUUUUAAAGCUUCAAGGAAGACUGGCUAUGGUAGGACCCCUAGCGUUUUGGUGCUUCUACCUACAAGGGAGCUUGCAAAACAGGUACAUGUUGACUUUGAGUUCUACGGCGGGGCAGUGGGGUUGUCCGCCUGCUGUGUCUAUGGAGGGGCUUCCAUGCGUGACCAAGAACAUGCAUUGAAGCGGGGGGUUGAUAUAAUAAUUGGAACACCUGGUCGGGUGAAGGAUCUUAUAGAGAGGAAUUCUCUUGACUUAAAGACGUUGAAAUUCCGGGUCCUUGAUGAAGCUGAUGAAAUGCUUAACAUGGGCUUUGUUGAUGAUGUUGAGUUUAUUCUUGGCAAGGUUGAGGAUGUAACCAAGGUCCAGACACUUCUCUUCAGUGCAACAUUGCCUGACUGGGUCAAGAAGAUCUCUGCAAGGUUUUUAAAAGCUGAUAAGAAAACUAUAGAUCUUGUUGGCAAUGAGAAACUGAAGGCUAGUGCCAGUGUUAGACAUCUUGUCCUACCCUGUUCUCAUGCAGCACGUCCUCAACUUAUUCCUGAUGUCAUUCGCUGUUAUAGUCGAGGAGGUCGUACUAUUAUUUUCACAGAGACAAAAGAAUCCGCAUCUCAACUUUCUGGACUGUUACCUGGAGCACGGGCUCUCCACGGGGAUAUAGCGCAGGCCCAACGAGAAGUCAUACUUGCUGGAUUCAGGUCAGGCAGAUUCCUAGUUUUGGUGGCGACUAAUGUGGCUGCACGGGGCUUGGAUAUCAAUGAUGUCCAGCUGAUUAUCCAGUGUGAGCCUCCACGAGAUGUUGAAGCUUAUAUCCAUCGGUCAGGGCGCACUGGAAGAGCUGGCAAUACUGGAGUUGCUGUCCUUCUGUAUGAACCCAAAUUUUCACGUAGUAUUUUCAGAAUAGAAAAAGAAUCUGGUGUUAAAUUUGAACACAUUUCUGCUCCCCAGCCUGCUGAUGUAGCUGAAUCAGCUGGUUCUGAAGCAGCCGAUGCUAUUUCUAGUGUAUCUGACAGUGUGAUCCCAGUUUUCCGCCAACAAGCUGAGCAACUGUUGAGUUCCUCUGGGAUAUCAGCAGUAGAUCUACUUGCUAAAGCACUUGCAAAAUCUGCGGGAUAUACUGACAUAAAGAAGAGAUCAAUUCUUUCAUCUAUGGAAAAUUAUGUAACUGUACUUCUUCAGUCAGGGAAGCCCUUUUACACACCCACAUUUGCAUUCAGCACCAUGAAGAGGUUCUUGCCUGUGGAGAAGGUUGAAGGUGUGAAGAAUCUUUCUUUAACAGCUGACGGAAUGGGCGCAGUGUUUGAUGUGCCUGCGGAUGAUUUGAGCCUGUUUCUCGAAGGUCAAGAAAAUGCAGACAUGGUGACCGUUGAGGUAUUGAAGACUUUGCCACCCUUGCAAGAAAAAGAGCAGUCAAAUAGUCGAGGGAGAUUUGGAGGUGGUAACAGGAGAGGUGGAGGUGGUGGCAAUCGGUUCUCCGGUGGUGGUAGAAGAGGUGGGUUCUCUAGUGGAGGGGGUCGUGGUGGUAGCCGAGGUGGCAGUAGAUUCGGCAGGAGGAAUUAAUUUUAUGAAAGAGUUAAAAAUAUUCUUGAUGUAAUUGUAAUUUUGAGUUAUUAUUCUCGAGACGACGAUCAAAUUAAUUAAUUAUUCGACAAAGUGUGGUAGUGCGGGGAAUUUAUAGUGCAUUGAGUGUA